UCGUUAUCUCCAUAUCUUUCUCAAAGGAUAUGCUUUUUAUAUUCACAUAACAGUUAAAUAUUCCGAAUGUCUUUUAUUAAAAUGUAGGAUAAAAUCUAAAGUAUGGGUUAGUUGAAGUGUCUUGUGAUUUUGUCAUGUUUAAUUGUGAUAUUAUAUACCUUAAACCAGUGCGCAUUUUGAACGCUCUGUAAUAAGGUCGCUGUUUAUCGCGUAAGGAGAGCGACAAAAUCAUCAGUCUAAUGGAAGACAUUACAAUGAUCCGAGUGUUAAUAUUAUGGUCGGCUCCUUUGCUUAUUUGCGCAGAUUGCCCGACAGGAUGGAAGAACUUCCAAGACAAGUGUUACUUUUUGUCGCAUACUUUAGAAACCUGGACGGGGGCCUCGAUUAUUUGUCAAUCGUACCAUUCAAAGCUUGCAGAACCUAAUACACACUCUGAAAUUGGAUAUUUAUCCAGCGAGGUAUCAAGCGUGAGUGCCGGUGAGUUUUGGGUUGGGAUUACCGACAUUAUUGCGGAAAAUCAGUGGAUUUACGAUUCAUCUUUAACUCCGAUAGAAAUAACAAACUGGGGUCCAAACGAACCCGACGGACAACAGGGAGAGAACUGUGUUAUAAUGUCUGCGUGGUUUCAUGGAAAAUACGCCGAUGUUGAAUGUCACACAAAGCGCAAAUUCAUUUGUGAAAGAGACAAACCGUUAAUUGGGCAAAUUGUUGGAUAAAAUGUACGUAUUUCAAGGAUUCCCAAAAAUGUCCUACCAUUUGUGUUAAAAAUAUCUUCUUGAAA